UGGUAACCCUGACGUCAUUUAGGAAUUAGAACGACAUUACUGUAGACAGUAGAGUGUAGAAUCGAAAAUAUAGUAAAGUUAACCUAAAUCGCAGUUGUUAGUUACUAGUAAGGUAUAUUAGAAACAAAAAAAUAAUAAUGGCGAGGCCGGUGGACUUAGAGUUAAAAAGAGCAUUUGGUGAACUCCAUGUGAAAAUGCUUGAAACGAGUAAGAAAAUACAAGUAAUUGAUACCCAAAUUGAAGUUCUGAAACAAGUCAUGCGACAUGUAGAUAUCACUCAACGGGAAAUCAGUACUUUACCACCUGACACAAAAACUUACGAUUGCGUUGGGAGGAGUUUCUUUUUAAUUAAUCUGGAGGAGGUUAAAACAAACCUUGCGAACAAGGUUACUCAAUUCAACACGCGUACCGCAGAACUCGAAGAGAAUAAGCAGUAUUUAGAAAAAAAUCUAAAAGAAAGCGAAGAUAACAUCAGGGAAAUGGUGCAACAGAGAAAGGAACAGGGUGAAAAGUAAACAUAAUAAUUUUCAGCAUCAAGUUCUUAUCAUUUGGCCAUUACAUUUGAGGCAGAUACACAACAACAAAACUGAAUAUUUCCUUUAACUAAUCA